AUGCCACCCAUUCCUAAAUACAAAUACCUAUCCGGUAGUCAAAAACGUAAAAAGAAGAAGCUAGAGGAAGAAAAAGCAAAGGCCGACAAAGGGCGUAUACUCAAGUUUUUCUCAAAACUACCUCAAGGUUCUAGUUCUAAUGUUGAAGAAGAUAAUGUGGAUGUUAAUGUGGGUGAAGAUAAUGUGGGCGUUAAUGUGGAUGAAACUAAUUUGGGUGAAGAUGAUGUUAAUGUUAACGUGGGUGAAGAUAAUGCGGGUGAAGAUGAUGUUAAUGUUAAUGUAGACGAAGCUAAUGUGGGUGAACAUGAUGCUAGUAUUAAUCCUAGUAUUGAUAUUUUUGACCCUAGAAAUUGGGAUAAGCUUAAUCCUAACUUGAUUAAUGAGUUGGUUAUGAAAGGUCCAAAAAGAGAUUUGACUAUUGAUAAGGGUCCCGUGGAUAAUGUUGGAAGACGAUUUUCUAAAUUCAUGUAUAAUAGAAUUCUAUCAAACAGGGAGACGUGCGAUAGAGAAUGGCUAGUGUAUUCGAAAGAGCUUGAUAAAGUCUUUUGUUUUUGUUGUAAACUUUUUAGACAAGGGUAUAAAAAAGGCGGGUUGGAUAAUGAAGGUUAUUCAGAUUGGAAGCAUGCUUCUCAAGGUCUUAAAGACCAUGAAGUUAGCUUUGAACAUCUCAAGCAUAUGCAUCAAUGGUUUGAAAUGCGUCAAAGGUUGGAUAACAAUGAAACAAUUGACAAAGAAGCAUAUGAGCAUUUCAAAAAAGAAAAAGAUUAUUGGAAAGAAGUAAUUUUUAGGAUUAUUGCUCUUGUGAAAUUUCUUGCUAAACAUGGCUUAGCUUUUCGUGGGUCAAAUGAGAAGUUGUAUCAAAAAAGCAAUGGAAACUUUUUGGGAUUGGUUGAGAUGUUGGAAGAGUUUGAUCCGAUUAUGAAAGAACACGUGCGGCGUAUUUUGAAUGAUGAACUCCAUAUACAUUAUCUUGGGCACAAUAUCCAAAACGAGUUGAUACAAUUAUUAGCUGAUCAAGUUAAAACAGAAAUCAUCAAAAGGAUAAAACAAGCAAAGUAUUACUCCAUUAUACUCGAUUGCACGCCUGAUAUAUGUCACCAAGAGCAAAUGUCCAUAAUUGUGAGGUAUGUGAAUUUUAACUCUAAUUCUAUGACAGUUGAGGAAUCGUUUUUAGGUUUUUUGGUUGUUGAUGAUACCACGGGUAAGGGACUUUUUGAUGUUACAUCUAAGGAAUUGGAGUCUCUAGGUCUUGAUAUUGCUGAUAUGCGCGGUCAAGGCUAUGAUAAUGGGGCGAACAUGAAAGGAAAACGUAGUGGAGUUCAAAGUAGAUUUCUAGAAAAAAAUCCUAGAGCUUUGUAUAGUGCUUGUGGUUGUCAUAGUCUUAAUCUUGUGUUGUGUGACAUGGCAAACACGAUUACUAAGUCUAGGGUAUUUUUUGGAACAAUACAACGUAUAUAUACUAUCUUUGCCAAUUCUAUUAAUAGGUGGCAAAUUUUGAAAGACAAUGUUAAAGGACUGACUCUUAAAUCAUUGUCUGUCACUCGUUGGGAAAGUCGUGUAGAUAGUAUUAAGCCUAUUAGAACUCAACUUGUAGAAGUAAGAAAAGCUUUGAAAGAAGUUAGUGUCUCGGAUAAAGAUCCUAAAAUUCAAAGCGAAGCUAGAUCACUUGAAAAGCAUGAGGUUGGUGACUAUGAAUUUUUGGUGCAAAUCGUCAUUUGGUAUGAACUAUUAUCAAAUGUGAAUGUGGUGAGCAAAAAGUUGCAAUCAAAGGAUGUGGUUCUUGAUGUUGCUAUUGAUGAAGUGGCCACAUUGAUUAAGUACUUCAAAAAUUAUAGAGAAGUGGGGUUUUCUAAGGCGAUUGAUGAAGCUAUAGAAAUUGCCAAUGAAUUAGGUAUUUAUGCGGAAUUCCCUCAAAAACGUGUGAUACGUAGGAAAAAACAGUUUGAUGAGAAUUCAAGUGUUGAAGAAGUUAUAUUUUCACUCGAUGAUGAUUUCAAAGUCAACUACUUUUUAUGUAUUGUUGAUCAAGAUAUAAGUUCUCUUGAAACAAGAUUCGAUCAAUACCAAAAAUUCGAAAAAAUAUUUGGGUUUUUGUUUCCUAAAAAAUUGAAGACACUAGAUGAAGAAGAUCUUAAGGCUCGUUGUUAUCGUCUUCAAGAUGCAUUAAAAUAUAAAGAAGAAUCGGACGUUGAUGCUAAAGAACUUUAUUUGGAGUUGAAGUUGAUUAAGACCUUCUUACCAAGUCACAUUGUUAGCCCUAUCGAUGCUUUAAACGAUAUCAUGCGGCUCGGUCAUUGUCCUAAUGCUAUAAAUGCAUAUCAUGUGCUUUUGACACUUCCGGUAACGGUGGCAUCGGCAGAGAGAAGCUUUUCUAAAUUGAAGUUGUUGAAGUCUUAUUUGCGAUCGUCAAUGUCUCAAGAAAGACUUAAUGGAUUGGCAAUGAUAUCUCUUGAAAACGAAAUAUUAGAAGGUAUGGAAUAUAAAGACUUGAUCGAGAGCUUUGCUUCCAAAAAUGCUAGGAGAGCCUCAUGA